AUGGAUGGCAUAUUAAAGGAAAGACUGUCGGUCAUUGACAGACUAAUACAAAAAAUAAGAGACGAAAAGGAAGUGAGGGUGACAGAUAUUCUAAAGGAAGAGAUAGAUAGGCUAAAAAGACUGAAUGCUGAGUACGAAGAGGUUCUGUCUAAGAAAAAGGUUAAAAGCAAAGAAGAAAUAAAAGGAAAUAAGAUAAAGUACACACUAUCAGACGGCUCUAUAUACGUAAUUAACAAGACAAAAAACUACAAGUAUUUAUACGACAUAAACACAUCAAUAAUCACAUACGAGUUUGGAAAUGGGCAGAUUGAAAGGACAUUUCCGUUUGGGAUUAAGGAGAUACGCAUGCCGGAUGGAAAGAUUGUAAUAAAGUCAUCGGAGAAGGAGUAUGAUCUGCUGUAG